AUGUCUGGCUCGGGGUGGUUGGGCCCCUCCCAUACAGCCGUCUAUUUUUUUUAUUUUUUUUCCGACUAUCAAACCUUAUCCAUCUAUUUUUGUGUAUAUAAUGCAUUGAUAUCUAAUUGUAUUACAUAUGUCUGUUUGAAUCUGCUUCUCUCGACAAGCGUUCUCCCUUUUUUUUUUUUUUUUUUUUUUUUUGUAGUGAUAAAAGCAGCAGAGGUAAACGAAAAGGAAAUGGUAGUUCAUGAGAUCGCUGCGCAGCCUGCUUCGGAGGUUGCUGAUGUUGCUCGCUCGCUAGCAGUCAAGGGAGAUCGCGUGGAGGCCGUUUACAUUGCACACGAAAUUCUGGAGGAGAAUUUGGCAAAGCUGCCGGUGAUGAUAGCGGAGACGAGGAAGCCCACAUCCUCUUAUUUGGAUCCAUGGAAAAGCAUUUCUGAAACAAUGGAGUCUCUUUGCCAAGAUGUAGAACUUUGCCUGCAAUUAUUUAGCGUGGGCGCCAACAUUCAGCGGUUUAAAGGCUUGCGGACGGUUGCCUCCCUUUACGACCAAAAGAAGCCCGCCGCCGAUCGUCUACGGGGGUUCUUCCUCAUUGUGAGUUUAUCUUUUACAGUCGAUGACGCUGUGACACCGAUGCCCGCCAGAAUACUGCUGAAAUUUGCGCAGGUGAUUUGCAUUUUUGAUGCAAUCCAGGCUGCCGAGUGGUUGAGUGUUGGAGUUCAAAACAUGCUCGAUGCAGGACGGCUCUCACAAUUGUCUGAAUCUUUUCUAGCCUCCAGGAGUCUUAUUUGCAUUUCGGUUUUUGGAGGGAAAAAAACGGCGCCUGGGUGUGGCAAGGCGAAGGGCACAAAGGCGUCUCUCAUGACGGCCAUUUUGACUCUCUUGAUACGAUGCAGAGCGGACGCCGGAGUGAAGAGGAUGGAGGUGCACGAGAGAGAGCAUGACCUUCGUGGAUUCCUGGAAGAUGACAAAUUGAAAUCUUUGUUGCAUUUUGAAAGCGUCUGCGCCACAGCCAUGGCGGAAAAGAAGCAGCGGAUUCAAGAGAAGAUGGCGAGACGAACCGCCAACAAGCGAGCGACAGCCGCCACCAAAAAGGAUGGCGUGGACUCGAAAGAGAUGAAUGCGGAUGCACAUGGCGACAGCACAUCUUACCGACGGUAUUUACAUAGCUCUUUGGAGUACUUUUUGGGCUCCGAAUGGAGACAGCGCCCUUCUCGAAUCGUGCUGUUUGUUGCUGGUGUUAUUUUGCUUCUUCUUAUGAUACGACAAGUGGCCUCCAUUGUGGCCCGUGGUUUGAGGAAAAUGAAAAGCUUACCGCAUGGGGCCAGAAAAACUCUCACUUUAUAA